AUGACAGCGGCUAGAACGAGAUUGGGAGGACGAAGAGUGCCACUGUCUAGGAGUCUUGGUAGCAGCGUUGGCGUAAAGAGGAGCGCAGCGGAUGGUGGUUAUGAGGCGGAGGAGGAGGAUACCGACUAUGGUGAAGAUAGUGACAAUGCCGAUGGAGCAUAUGGUGAUGUUAAUCUCGCGGGCGCAGACUCGAGCAAAGAGUUGAUUAUGUGGGCAAGUCGGCUUGAGUUGGAGUCGAUAGACUUGAGAGACAAGUCAAGUGGCUUGAUCGGUGAGCUUGCACGCAACAGCGGCAUCAUGAGAAACGCAUCGAUCGAUUUGAAGAGCGCCGUUGAUUCUUGGAACAAGGUCAAUGCUGCGUUGAGAGGCCAACCUGGAAUGAAGAACACUUUGGACCAGAUACGGCAGAGCGUCGAUUCUCUCCCAGGAGGAUGUAAGGGUGUCAUAUCCCUGAAUGCCAUCAAACUGUUCCACAAGAAAGUGUCAUCGUUUACGAAUGGCUUUGACAGGCAGUUGAGAAGUUCAAUCAAGCAAGCAGUCGAUGAUUCCUUGUCCGUGCAAGUUAAAGGGAGAAAGAAAACAACUAUAUUCAACACUUUGAUGGAUAAGUUGGAUGCAUGUUCUAACCAGAUGCGAGAAAUCAAUGACACACAGGUAGCUGUCUUGAAGGCAAUUAAUACCUUGAGCAAAUCGCAUAGGGAUAUGGAUUCAAAGUUGGACUCUCUUUCAAGGAUAACACAUGCACAGGGUCAGCCCAUACCAACGCCAAACAGUACGUUGAUUGUGCCAUCUUCAAGGUACAGCACCUCGCUACCAUCGAGCCAAAUGUUGAUCCAGUCAAGAAAGCGAACCGGGGGAUACGAGCAAAGAAGAUUACAGAUCAAUAACGCAAUGAUCAAAUCCCGAAAGAGAGAUAAUCAAUCCAACACAGGAGAGAAAACAUGGCACAACGUAUAUUAG